UUCAGCCUAUAAAACUCACGCCAGAGGGGCAUAUCUGGGCUCGCAGGACUAGGCUACACGUCCAACAAGUAGGUCAGCUUCCCCAUUCUCUGACAUUUCUUUAACAGGGAAAAGGCUAAGCACGGCAUCUGGUAGCCGCAUACGUGUUUAGUUACAGCUGCCAUGAUGUUGAAGGUGAAGCUGGCUGUGCUGACUGCGGUGGUGACAGCGUACAUAUGGAGAGACACGUUUGACCCUGAGAGUGUGCGGGGGGCCAGAGUGUUGGUGACUGGCGCCAGUAUGGGCAUUGGUGAGCAAAUGGCGUACCACUACGCCCGCUUGGGUGCCCAGCUCAUCAUCACUGCCAGGAGAGAGAGUGCCUUACAGAAAGUGGUGGAGCGCUGUGUGGAGCUUGGGGCCCAGAAGGCGCUGUACGUGGUGGGAGACAUGUCGGACCCCGCAGACCCCGAGAGAGUCCUCAGACAGGCCGUGGACCUGCUGGGAGGCCUAGACUACCUGGUGCUGAACCACAUUGGGAACAGCCCCUAUGGGCUGUGGGACAGGGAUGUGGAGUACAUCAGGACGCUCAUGCAGAUAAACUAUGUGAGCUACGUGCAGAUGGCUGCCACUGCUCUACCUACACUGGAGCAGAGUGGAGGGGCUGUUGUGGUGGUGUCCUCUCUCCUGGGUAAGAUGACCACGCCAUUUGCAGCAGCCUACGCCUCCACCAAGUUUGCCCUGCAUGGCUUCUUCGGAACGUUGCAGCAUGAGCUGGCCAUGCAGGGCAGCAACGUGUCCAUCACCAUCAGUGUCCUGGGCCUCAUCGACACGCCCACCGCCUUGGACAAGAUAAGGGGUUAUACCAAUGUCACUCCUUACCCGGCGAGUGACGCGGCGCUGCACAUCAUCAAGGCCGGAGCCACGCGUCAGAAGGAGUCUCAUUUCCCAUGGUUCCACUGGUUCACCUGCUUCUUCCGCGACUGGUUCCCCUACUUCAGGGACAUCUGCAUCCAGAGCUCCUUCACCAUCCCCACCCACUGACACAGACCACAUCUCAAAACGUUUCAAACACGGACCACAUCUCAAAACGUUUCAAACACGGACCACAUCUCAAAACGUUUCAAACAUGGACCACAUCUCAGAACUUUCCCAGGACUUCUCAAAUGACCCUUAAAUUCAACUCAGUGACCUUUCAGAUCUUAUACACUGCCGUUCAAAAGUUUGGGGUCAGUUAGAAAUGUCCAUUCCACUACAUUAUAGACAGUAUACCAGCUGAGAUCAGUUGUAUUGUUUUUUUAAUCAGGGCAGCAGUUUUCAGAUUACAUUGUGCUUACACGUGCUUACAUAAUUGCAAAAGGGUUCUCCAAUGUCUUCUCAGUUAGCCUUUUAAAAUGAUAUCAGAUUAGUAAACAGAAUGUGUCUGAAACAUUGGAUGAAUGGUUGCUGAUAAUGGGCAUCUAUAUACUUAUGUAGAUAUUGCAUUAAAGAUCAGCCAUUUCUUUCUACAACAGUCAUUUACAACAUUAAUGAUGAAAACAAGGACAUUUAUAAGUGACCCCAAACUUUUGAACAGUACUAUAAGUGUACAUGUUUAUGUAGGCUGCUUUACUGCAGAGGUGGACCAUUUAACAGACUAGGCUAAUUGCUUGACACACACACACACACACACACACACACACACACACACACACACACCUUUCAGUGUAGAAAUCCACAGAAUGAAACAUUUAGCCAUGGAUGAGCAGAAUUACUUUCAAUAUAACAACAACCAUCAUCCCUAGAAGGCUCUGAAGGGGGCGGUUCCUGAAAUAAGAAGUGUUUUUACCGCUGUGAGUUAAUGUGCAGCCAUUGCACUGCGGCAGCAGCAGGAACUCUUUUCCCUCAGUCUGCUCAACCUAGAGAGGUUAAGACAGGUCACAUGUCACACAGGUCACAGGGCUGUCACAUUUUUCCUGGACCAACUGGAACACGGGUCAAGUUCCAGAGUGUUUAUCAUUUGGUGUCAUGCUAUGUACACUCAGACCUCAAGAUUUUGCUUUACACAUUUUAAAACAUUGUAUAUUAAUUGUGUAUUGUCAAUAGGUGCUGUUUUAAUAAAACCCAGUGUUUUACCGACA